UUUUUUUUUUUUUUUGGGGCAUUUGGAAAAUCUCUCAGGCUCUCAGGGGGUUUUGACAAAUGGGUCACUGUACAUGGCGAUGGUCUUCUCAGAUUCAAAUCACUUCAAACUCGGAACCCUCCUAUUUUUUUUCGUAUUAGGUACUUUAACAUCUAAAGUACUGCUGAUUUAGAGCAGAAGUUUCUUGAGCUGUAGAACCUGAUAUUAUUGGUUGAACUGAAGUUUUAUAAAUAGGCGUGGUUCUUAAUAUUCAGAUUUUUAGGUUAUUAUGGAGUGCAACAAAGAUGAGGCAGUUAGAGCGAAAGAAAUUGCUGAGAGAAAAUUUACCGAGAGGAAUUAUUCCGCUGCAAAGAAGUUUGUUUUGAAGGCUCAAAAUUUGUACCCGGGGCUUGAUGGUCUCUCUCAACUGAUGACAACUCUCGAAGUGUAUAUCUCUGCAGAGAAUAAGAUAAAUGGGGAAACGGAUUGGUAUGGAAUACUUGGUGUGAACCACUUGACUGACGAUGAGACUAUUAGGAAACAAUAUAGAAAAUUGGCUCUUGUCCUCCAUCCUGAUAAAAACAAGUCACUUGGUGCAGAGGGUGCGUUUAAAUUGGUUUCAGAGGCCUGGAGUUUGUUAUCUGACAAGACAAAGAGAUUGGCUUAUAAUCAGAAGAGGGAUUCGAAAGGUAGUCGACAGAAAACUUCUACCCACACUCAAAAUACUUCUGUGCCGCCAAGUGCAAAUGGCUUUCAAAAUUUUCAUAAUGUUGCUUCAAAUGCAAGGAACGUUCAAAGCAAAGUCCAGGUAGGGGCUACCUCAUUUCAGCCUUCCCAUAAGAAACCAGAUACUUUUUGGACUCUUUGCAAUCGAUGCAAGACUCAUUACGAGUACCUUGGGAUCUAUCUAAAUCACACCCUCCUUUGCCCUAAUUGUCAUGAAGCUUUUUUGGCUGUAGAGAAGGCUCCACCCCCAAAUGUAUUCAAGUCUCCUAGUUGGUCUUCUCAGCAGCAACUUCAAAAUUCUAGACAGCAUCCUGUUAGUGGCAACGUCCAUGGUACUGGUAGAAAUCCUAAAAAUCCUGACACUGUGCAUUCUGUGGGCCUUAAUUCAGUUGAUAAUGCGAACUUUCAGUGGGGCCCUUCCUCCCGGACAGCUGGUGUUGGUAGUACUUUUUCUUCAGCUUCCGCUCAAUCUGCAAAUUUGGUUCAACAAGCAAUUGAGAAAGGGAAAAGAGAUCGCGAUGAGAUACAGCCCUCAACUGAAGUGGAGAGGAGUCACUUUCCUUAUUCAAAAAAGAAAAAAACUGAUGGAAUUAACAGCUAUGGGGUCCACAUGGCAAACCAAAUAGACAGAGGAGAUGGAUCAGCUGGUGUUCGUUUACCUGAAUUAAAUAAGAAUUAUCCUGAUACUCAAAAGUUUUAUGGUCUUUAUGGUUCAUUUAACAGGACAAAUAGCCACAGAGAGUUGUCAAUCUUUGAAACUCGGAAUAUGCAAAUGGACAAGGCUCGAGCUGAAAUUAGUAAGAAACUUAAAGAAUGGAGCUCAUUAGCUGAAAAAUCAACUUUGAAUAAACAGUCCAAGAAGCAAAAGAAUGUGGUGAAUGAUGAAACUCCUGAUAUAAAAGUUAAUGGUAAAUUUUCUGCAAGUAGAAAAGGAUGGCAUGAGAGGAAGCCUCAGUCAGGCUCUUUAGCUGGUAAAAGUACAGGUAGUGAGAAAAAUCCUAUCUCAAUUAUUGUUCCAGAUUCUGAUUUUCAUAAUUUUGACUUGGACCGAGCUGAAAGCUCAUUUGGGGAUGAUCAAGUCUGGGCUUGUUAUGAUGAUGAUGAUGGAAUGCCUCGUUUCUAUGCUCGAAUUCACAAGGUGAUUUCCCGAAAACCAUUCAGAAUGCGCAUCAGUUGGCUCAACUCAAGAAGCAACGCUGAGAUUGGCCCUAUGGACUGGGUAGGUUCGGGGUUCACAAAAACCUGUGGAGAUUUCAGAAUUGGGAGACAUGAGUGCACAAGAUCAUUGAACUCCUUCUCACAUAAAGUUUGCUGGAUGAAAGGUUUACGAGGGGUGAUUCGGAUAUUUCCUCAGAAGGGUGAAGUCUGGGCUCUUUACAGAGACUGGUCUGCAGAUUGGAAUAAAGAUACUUCAGAAGAAACAAUUCACCAAUACGAUAUGGUAGAAGUGCUUGAUGAUUUUAAUGAAGAACAAGGCGUGUCUGUUGCUCCUCUUGUUAAGGUUGUUGGUUUCAGGACUGUGUUUCGUAGACACAUGGAUCUGAAAGAAGUGAGGAAGAUCCCUAGAGAAGAGAUGUUCCGCUUCUCCCACCAGGUCCCCAAUUACUUGCUUACGGGAGAAGAAUCUCCGAAUGCUCUGAAGGGUUAUAGGGAAUUGGAUCCAGCAGCAACUCCUUUGGAGCUCCUCCAGAUUGAUACAGAAUCUCAUCAGGCAACAACAGAGGACACUGAGGUAAAAACUGAAGAAGAGAUAUCUCAUAUUAGCCAGGAAACUGUAGUUAAUGAGGUGGAAGACACUUUGGAAGCUAGGAAGGUAGAUUUAGAAACUCAGGAAGAUGAACAAACUAAGAUGCCUGGCGUUGUUGUCUUCCAGGGUAGCUCAGGAAGCUGAUAGGCAGAUGAUGCCAACAAAAGUAAAUCAACUAAAUGUGGAGAUUGAUCGAGGUAUACCCAAUAGGUGCAUUUUUUGAAUUCCGUCUGACCAAAAUUGUAGAGAAUUUCUUGAUUUUGUUUGGACUGGAUCCAUAGUUGCUCCGAUUGUUUAUUGGUUUUGUGGCUAUGUACUUGAGACAGUUAAAUCUCUCAAGUUAUCGAGAAAUUCAUCGAUGAUGACCAUCACAAUUGGGACAAAAAUGAGAUCCAACUUUUCUCUACUUACCUGAAAUUUUUUAGGGUCUGGUUAUUUGUGGCUCCUUAGCACUUAAUUAACUCAGACCCUGUUCUUAAAGGCUUCAUUUAAGGACCGCGUUUA